AUGGAUAUUUUGCAGACAAAAAGCUCCUCGCUGGAUUUUCGAGUCUCCAUUUUGCUUUUCUGCUUUGUGGCUGCGAUCAGUGGACAAAUUCGAUAUUCUAUACCAGAGGAGAUGAAGAAAGGAUCCCUUGUUGGUAAUGUCGCACAAGACCUCGGUUUGGAUCUGACAAGGCUUCGUUCUGGCCGGGCCCGUAUCGUGACCGGAGAAAACAUCCAGUACACUGAGCUGAAGACAGACAAAGGGACUCUGGUCGUGAAUGAGAGAAUAGACAGAGAGGAGCUCUGCGGAGAUUUGACACCGUGUAGCUUUACCUUUGAGAUUUUAUUGGAAAACCCAAUGGAGCUGCACCCCAUAACAAUAGAAGUUCUGGACGUAAACGACAACACUCCCACUUUCCAAAACAGCCUUUUGGAAUUAGAAAUAAGCGAAUCUGCUGCUCUCGGUUCCCGUUUUGCUUUGGAGAGUGCGGACGAUGCUGACGUGGGUGAAAACGGCCUGCAGAGCUACAUCCUUAUUCAGAACGAAAAUUUCGUUUUGAAACAACAUGUAAAUCCAGACGGCAGCAAAUACGCCGAGAUGGUGCUUCAGAAGCCUUUAGAUAGAGAGGGACAGCCACGCCUGUCUCUGAAGCUGCUGGCUGUAGACGGAGGAAAUCCACAAAGAUCUGGUACGGUUAUUAUAGAUAUAAACAUUCUAGAUGUUAACGAUAAUGCUCCUGUGUUCAAUCAGUCUUUGUACAAAGCAACGUUGGUUGAAAAUGCUACAAAAGGCACUCAUAUUGUCAGUGUGAAUGCAAGCGACAAAGACAGCGGUUCGAAUGGAAUGAUAAAAUACUCCAUUUCGAAAUCAAAAGCAGGAAUAGCUAAUCUUUUCGACAUAGACCAGACUACAGGGAGCAUCUAUGUGGCAAAGGAAAUAGAUUUUGAGAAAGACAAGAGGAUUGAAUUCAGAGUUGAAGCUAAAGAUCAGGGCGGACUGAAAGAUUCCAGCAAAGUUGAAAUUGAGGUAAUCGAUGUGAAUGAUAAUGCUCCAGUUAUAAACGUUAUGUCAUUCACGAGUCCUGUGUCAGAGGACUCCCCUGCUGGUACCACCAUUGGCAUAAUUAAUGUUAAAGACCUUGAUUCCGGUGAUAACGGACAGGUGACGUGCAUAAUCGAGGGCAAGGUCCCUUUCAAAAUUAAAUCAAAUUUAAGAAAUUAUUAUGCAUUGAUGACUGAUGCAACAUUAGACCGCGAAAAUCUGUCAGAAUGCAAUAUCACUGUUGUUGCCACUGACGCGGGAUCUCCUCCCCUCUCAACUAAAAUAACUUUUCAUCUUAAAGUUUCUGAUGUCAAUGAUAAUGCUCCAGUAUUUCACCGAGGCCCUUACAUUGCAUUUGUAGCAGAAAACAAUUCUCCAGGUGUAUCCCUGUUAAGAAUAUAUGCUAAGGACCCUGAUGAAAACCAAAACGCGCGUGUUUCUUAUAUUUUGGAGGAGCGUGAUAUUAGCGGAUCUCCAGUUUCUAAUUAUGUCUCAGUAAAUGCAGAGAGCGGAGUGGUGCACGCUGUGCGCUCAUUUGAUUAUGAGCAGAUCAAAAAGCUGGAUUUUGUUGUUAAAGCGCAGGAUGGAGGCUCCCCUCCACUCAGCAGCAACGUGACAGUGAAGCUAAUAAUCCAGGACCAGAACGACAACCCCCCUCAGGUCCUGUACCCAGUCCAGACUGGAGGCUCAGUGGUGGCUGAGAUGGUUCCUCGUGCAGCAGAUGUGGGCUAUCUGGUGACUAAAGUGGUGGCUGUUGAUGUGGACUCUGGACAGAAUGCCUGGCUGUCGUAUAAACUGCAGAAAGCCACAGACAGGGCGCUGUUUGAAGUGGGCUUACAGAAUGGAGAAAUCAGAACUAUCCGCCAAGUGAGUGAUAAAGAUGCUGUGAAACAAAGACUGACUGUUAUAGUGGAGGACAACGGGCAGCCGUCUCGUUCAGCUACAGUCAUUGUGAACGUGGCGGUGGCGGACAGCUUCCCUGAAGUGCUGUCAGAGUUCACUGACUUUACCCACGACAAGGAGUACAAUGACAACCUGACUUUUUACUUAGUGCUGGCUUUGGCUGUAGUGUCCUUUCUCUUCAUCACGUGUUUGGUGGUUAUUAUCUCAGUGAAAAUCUACAGAUGGAGACAGUCUCGGGUCAUGUAUCACUCCAAUCUUCCUGUGAUUCCAUAUUAUCCACCACGUUACUCAGACACUAUGGGCACAGGGACUCUGCCACAUGUGUACAAUUACGAGGUGUGCAGGACGACUGACUCCAGAAAGAGUGACUGUAAGUUCGGCAUAGCUGGUAGUCAGAACGUGCUGAUAAUGGAUCCCAGCUCUACAGGGACGAUGCAGAUGAUAUUGAGUGAGAAGAGCAUCCUGGAUGAACCAGACUCUCCUUUAGAGCACCAUGGACAGCACCUAAGUAGUUUGUUGGUCUUCAUAGUUAUCUUUACACUCCCAUCGACUUAG